GUAAGAAAUGAGUCGGGUAAAAAUCAGCGAUCAGGGAUUACGUUGCGUGUCCGUAGGCGCUUGCGCAAGUACUUUCUUUAUCACCGUUUCACCGACAACGAGCCGUCGUAUAUUUACCGUUUUAUAAGCAAAAUCAAAUCAGACGAAGAAGAAAGAAAUGGGAGGGCUAACGUGCAACGCUUGUAAUAAAGAAUUCAACGACGAUGCAGACCAAAAGCUCCAUUACAAAUCCGAUUGGCAUCGCUACAAUCUUAAACGCAAGGUAGCUGGUGUUCCAGGAGUGACUGAAGCAUUAUUUCUGGCCAGACAGUCUGUACUAGUUCAAGAGAAGGAUAAGUCAAGUGAGACCCCUAUGCUAUAUAGUUGCGUUCUCUGUGGUAAGGGAUAUCGAAGUUCUAAAGCUCAUGCCCAGCAUUUAAAAUCACGGAGCCACAUUUUGCGAGCUUCUCAAGGGGCAAAUGAAAAUGAGGAUACAGCAGUGAUUAAACCACUUCCUCGCCUCAUCAUGAAUAAGCGUCCUCCACAAAGGGCAGUGGAAGAUGAAGAAAGUGAAGAUAGCGGUGAUGAAUGGGAAGAGGUUGAUCCAGAGGAAGAGUUAGUUGGUGAUGCCUCAAAAUCAUUGACUGGUUUGACUGUAAAUGAGACCUCUGAUGAAGAUAUGGAUGAGGGUGAAGAUGAUGAGUUGUUGGAUCCAUCUUGUUGCUUUAUGUGUGAUCAACAGCAUGGGAACGUAGAAAGUUGCAUGGUCCACAUGCACAAGCAGCAUGGGUUCUUUAUUCCUGAUGUUGAGUAUUUGAAGGAUCCAAAGAGCCUUCUUACUUAUCUUGGGCUUAAGGUGAAGAGAGAUUUCAUGUGUUUGUACUGCAAUGAUAGGUGUCAUCCUUUUAACAGUUUAGAAGCAGUUAGGAAGCACAUGGCAGCAAAAGGGCAUUGUAAAGUACAUUAUGGUGAUGGUGAUGAUGAAGAAGAAGCUGAGUUAGAAGAAUUCUAUGAUUAUAGUAGCAGUUAUGUGGAUGAGAAUGGGAAACAGCUGAUUGUCUCAGGUGAUAUGGCCAACACUGUAGAACUUGGUGGUGGUGGUUCAGAGCUCAUUAUAACCACAAGAUCUGAUAGUAAAAUAUCUUCCAAAACCCUUGGUUCCCGGGAAUUUUUGCGCUAUUACCGUCAGAAACCACGACCAUCGCCUGCAAAUGGUGUGGCUAUUACUGCUGCACUAGCCUCAAGGUAUAGGAGCAUGGGGUUGGCAACUGUGCAGUCAAGAGAGCAGAUGGUGAGAAUGAAAGUCAUGAAGGAAAUGAAUCGAUCAUCUGAGGCCAUGCGCACCAAAAUUGGCAUGAAAAGUAAUAUCAUUAGGAACUUACCGAAGAAUGUUCCAUAUUAGUUUGGAACUGGACUUUUUGUUAUUUGGCGUUUUUCUUUUAAAAUAAAUUGAAUGGCUUUAUGCAUUGUUAUUACAAUUGAUUAAUUAUACAGAAUUUCAGGGAUUCUUUGCUUGCU